ACCUUACCCGCACCCUGGGCUUGGGGCUCCACCGCCUGCCUGGCCCGCGACCCGGCACGGCCACAUGGCUCGGCUCUGCGCGCUGCUGUCCUGCCUGCUGCCCUUGCACUGCUCGCUCUGCGCCGCUGUGGGCAGCCAGACCCCAGAGCUGCGCCUCUCUGGGAAGCUCAGUGACUAUGGUGUGACGGUGCCCUUCAGCACAGAUUUCCGGGGCCGCUUCCUCUCCCACGUGGUGUCUGGCCCAGCAGCGGCCUCCAAGGGGAGCGUGGUCAUGGACGGGCCACCAUUGCACUCCAGUCACCUCAGGGUGGCUCGCAGCCCCCUGCACCCAGAAGGAGAGACCCUGAAGCCUGGCCAGGUGGGGCGUCACUUUCUCUACUUCAACGUGACUGUUUUUGGGAAGGAGCUGCACUUGUGCCUGCGUCCCAACCGGAGGUUGGUGGUGCCGGGAGCCUCCGUGGAAUGGCAAGAGGAUUUUCGGGAGCUGUUCCGUCAACCCUUGCAGCAGGAGUGUGUGUACACUGGAGGUGUCACUGGAAUGCCCGGGGCAGCUGUUGCCAUCAGCAACUGUGAUGGAUUGGCGGGCCUCAUCCGCACAGACAGCUCCGACUACUUCAUCGAGCCUCUGGAGCGAGGGCAGCAGGAGACGGAGGCCAGCGGGAGGACCCAUGUGGUGUACCGCCGGGAAGCCGUCCAGCGGGAGUGGGCAGAGCCUCACGGGGACCUUCACAAUGAAGCCUUCGGCCUGGGCAACCUCCCCAACCUGCUGGGCCUGGCGGGGGCCCGGCUGGGCGAUGCAGAGCGGAAGCGGCGCCAUGCCAAGCCGGGCAGCUACAGCAUCGAGGUGCUGCUGGCGGUGGACGACUCGGUGGUGCGCUUCCACGGCAAGGAGCACGUGCAGAACUACGUGCUCACCCUCAUGAACAUCGUGGAUGAGAUUUACCACGACGAGUCCCUGGGGGCCCACGUGAACAUCGUCCUCGUCCGUCUGGUCAUGGUCGGCUACCGCCAGUCUCUGAGCCUGAUCGAGCGUGGGAACCCCUCUCGCAGCCUGGAACAGGUGUGUCGCUGGGCACACUCCCAGCAGCGCCAGGACCCCGGCCACGCGGAGCACCAUGACCACGUCAUCUUCCUCACCCGGCAGAACUUUGGGCCCUCAGGUAUGCCAGGGUAUGCGCCUGUCACUGGCAUGUGUCACCCCCUGAGAAGCUGUGCCCUCAACCAUGAGGAUGGCUUCUCCUCUGCCUUUGUGGUGGCCCACGAGACCGGCCAUGUGCUCGGCAUGGAGCACGACGGGCAGGGGAACGGCUGUGCGGACGAGACCAGCCUGGGCAGCGUCAUGGCGCCCCUGGUGCAGGCUGCCUUCCACCGCUUCCACUGGUCCCGCUGCAGCAAGCUGGAGCUCAGCCGCUACCUCCCCUCCUACGACUGCCUCCUGGAUGACCCCUUCGAACCCACCUGGCCGCAGCCCCCGGAGCUGCCCGGGAUCGACUACUCAAUGGACGAACAGUGCCGCUUUGACUUCGGCACCGGCUACCAGACCUGCUUGGCAUUCAGGACCUUUGAGCCCUGCAAACAGCUGUGGUGCAGCCACCCGGACAACCCGUACUUCUGCAAGACCAAGAAGGGGCCCCCGCUGGAUGGGACCGAGUGUGCGCCAGGCAAGUGGUGUUUCAAAGGUUACUGCAUCUGGAAGUCGCCGGAGCAGAUUUAUGGCCAGGAUGGAGGCUGGAGCUCCUGGACCAAGUUUGGGUCAUGUUCUCGGUCCUGUGGGGGUGGAGUGAGAUCCCGCAGCCGGAGCUGUGACAACCCUCCCCCAGCCUACGGAGGCCGCCUGUGCUCAGGGCCCUCCUUCGAGUACCAGGUCUGCAACCCCGAGGAGUGCCCCGGGCCCUACGAGGACUUCCGGGCCCAGCAGUGUGCCAAGCGGAACUCCUACUACACCCACCAGAACACCAAGCACAGCUGGCUGCCCUACGAGUCUGAGGAUGACACCCAGAAGUGUGAGCUCAUCUGCCAGUCGGCAGACACGGGAGACGUGGUGUUCAUGAACCAGGUGGUCCACGACGGGACGCGCUGCAGCUACCGGGACCCUUACAGCCUCUGUGCCCGUGGCGAGUGUGUGCCUGUUGGCUGUGACAAGGAGGUGGGGUCCAUGAAGGCUGAUGACAAGUGCGGGGUCUGCGGCGGUGACAACUCCCACUGCAGGACCGUGAAGGGGACUCUGGGCAAAGCUUCCAAGCAGGCAGGAGCAGCUGCCAAACUGGUGCAGAUCCCGGCAGGUGCCAGGCACAUCCAGAUGGAGGCGCUGGAGAAGGCCCCCCACCGCAUUGUGGUGAAGAACCAGGUCACGGGCAGCUUCAUCUUCAACCCCAAGGGCAAGGAGGCCACAGGCCGGACCUUCACCGCCCUGGGCCUGGAGUGGGAGCACACGGUGGAGGACGCCAAAGACAGCCUCAAGACCAGUGGGCCUCUGCCCGAAGCCAUCGCUGUCCUGGUACUGCCCCCCACUGAGGGUGGCCCCCGCGGCAGCCUGGCCUACAAGUAUGUCAUCCACGAGGACCUGCUGCCGCUCAUCGGGAGCAACAACGUCCUUCUAGAGGAGACGGACACCUAUGAGUGGGCGCUCAAGAGCUGGGCGCCCUGCACCAAGGCCUGCGGAGGAGGCAUCCAGUUCACCAAAUAUGGAUGCCGGCGAAGACGCGAUCACCACACGGUGCAGAGACACCUGUGUGACUACAGGAAGCGACCCAAGCCCAUCCGCCGGCGCUGCAACCAGCACCCGUGCUCCCAGCCUGUGUGGGUGACCGACGAGUGGAGUACCUGCAGCCGGAGCUGCGGGAAGCUGGGGGUGCAGACCCGGGAGGUGCACUGCUUUCUGCCCCUCUCCAAUGGCACUCGCAAAGCCCUGCCAGCCAAGGUGUGCCCUGGUGACCGUCCCGAGGCCCGGAGGCCCUGCCUUCGCGUGCCCUGCCCAGCCCAGUGGCGGACAGGAGCCUGGUCCCAGUGCUCGGCCACCUGUGGAGAGGGCAUCCAGCAGCGGCAGGUGGUGUGCCGGACCAACACCAACAGCCUUGGCCAGUGUGAGGGGGACAAGCCAGACACUGUCCAGGUCUGCAGCCUGCCAGCCUGUGGAGGAAAUCUCCGGAACUCCACAGUGAAGGCCCAGGAGCCCGUGACUCCAGAGGGGCAGUGGGUACCACAGUCAGGGCCGUCGCCUGCCACGAACAAGAUAGCAUCAGUGGAGCCCUGCGCGGGGGACAGGUCCAUCUUCUGCCACCUGGAAGUGCUCGGUCGCUACUGCACCAUCCCUGGCUACCACCGCCUGUGCUGCGAAUCCUGCACCAAGAAGGCCUCCGGCCCCGCCACUAGCCCGGACCCCAUCAUGGCCUCGCCUCCUCCGUUCUCCACUCCUGGGACCUCCUUACCAGAACCCAAGGCCACUCCGGAGGCUGUGGAGCCCACCAGGGGGCCAGGAGAGUUGGACGGCCAUCAGCAAGGCCGACCCACUCAGCUCCCGGGACCAUGGGACAGGGGCUCCUCAGUGGCCCAGCUCCACAUGGCCUCCCAGACUCUGAGCCCUAGAACAUUUGGGGGCACCUCCCCUACCACUCCUCAGGGACCACCUUGGGGCUGGACCCAGCCACCUGUGCCAGCCUCUGAGGGCCAAGGGCAGCCCAGGGAGGACCCAGGGCAUCCAGGCACGGGCCUUCCUGCCACCUCCCCGGUGACAUGAGCCAUGCCACACCCCUCCGGCCAGUCGUGUUUACACUCUGUGUGCUGCUCCCGUGUCCCCAGCUCAGGACACCCACUGAGGGACAGGGGUGAGCGCAGGCUUCCUUUUUAAGUUAUUUGCCUUUUUGUUCUUGUUUGGGGCCAUGAGGCUCUUUCCCCCACGUUGGGGGAUGGGAUACCUCGGCCAGCCGGGCCCAGACGGGACCUCUCAGGGCCACCUGCGGUGGCUCCACCAGGACUGAGGGUUGGUAACGGCCUCCCCACAGCCCUGGGCCCAGGCAGGACCGAAGCCGUGCUGGGAGCUGUAGGGCUUCUGCUUUCCUAGGGCUGGGGGGCCCCCCCGUGCAGGCCCCAGAAAGGCAGAGUGGGGCCGAGGGAAGUUGGGGGGCUCCCCCGAGGACAGGCUGAGGAAGGGGCCAGGGUGGGCCUGGCGGGAGGCUCCCUGCUGCAGGGUGGCAGGUGACAAGUGCGUUGGUCUCAGGUCCAGCUCCCCUUGCAGCUCCCCUGGCUGAGGCCAGGACGGAGGCCCCUCACCUUUGCCAACUGGAGAGCAGCACUUGUGGCCACACUCUGCCCCUGCGGAUGUCACUUCUAUUUCUGGUGACUCCAGGUUAGAUAUUGGCCUUGCAAUUGCAGACCCAGAUGUCCAGAGAAGAGGGCCCAGGGCACCCUGACCCCACGUCCUCGUCAGGAGUCUCCAAACUGGUGCUUGAUCCCUGGCGAGACCAGGAAUGGCCACUUCAGUCCUUACUCCAGGGUUUGGGGGGCCUGGCUUGGGACACAGGGAGAUGUGAUUUCCUAGGCCCUGUCCCUCAGUCUGCACCCUCCGUCAGAGUCCACUCCUGCUGGAGUCGGGGUCUCUCCCACCUGACUGGAGCUCGGCCAGAGGCCUGGUGCUCCAAGGGGCUCCCAGGCGGAGACAAUCCACCCAGCCAGGCUCUGGGGAUGACUAGACCAGGAUGCCAGCCUCUGUCCCAUGCUCGGGUGGGGGGACACAUUGACCCAUGGUGCUCUAGGGCCUCAGGUCAGCAGCCUCCUGGCCACCUCCAAGGGGCAGGCACCAGUCCUCGGCCCCUUGGCUCUCAGGUUUUCAGGCUGUUCCUGGGGGUCCUCACUCCAAGGUGCUGGAGGGUCUGUCUCUGACCCUUCACAGGGAAGAGGUGCUUGUGGUUCAUGCCUUCCCAGGCUGGUGGGAGGGGAGUCCUGGGCCCCGACCUGGGACCUCCUGGAGAACAGAAGCUCUGGGGGGUCCCCCUAUAGACUGCUGGGCACACACAGAACAUUCCUGUGAGAGCCAGCUGGGCCUGGGUUGGGGAGGUGAGCCCCUGGCCUGGGAGGUCAGGUCUUUUCAGUGUCGUGUAUUUAUUAACAUUGCUCUUGGUGAUUUGUUUUAACCUCCC